GAGUCACAGAAAAAGCCGAUUGCCAAACCAAAAAAAAAGAAAGUCCUCAAAAAGAAAGGCAGCGGAAAUAAAAGGAAACGAAUUCCAGGUAUGCGUUGKUUUUUUGCUAGGGAUAUUUUGAUUUGUCAGAUCUAUGAAGCUCUGAGCAUAUACCGGGAAGGGGAUGUGAAAUCUAACGAACUUGUUUAUUUAUGUCUUCUCUUACAUCGACGCAAAAUAGAUGCGGAUAGAGAUAGCGACGGCGAUGAUGGCCCAGGACUUUUCGAUUCAGAUUCUGAAGACGACAAUAACACAAAAAACCCGGCCGCUCAGGCUGGCAGUGCCAAACCUGCAGCGAAGAAAAAGAAAAUAUUAUCUAAACGGGAACGCAUGGAGGCAUUGAGGGCGAAAAAACGGCAAGUUGUGAGUUCAGUUCCAGGAAGUCAAAACGAGAAUAAAGGUGACGAUGAUGAGGAUAGUUAUAAUUCGGCUGAAUAUGUCCGCACAAAGGAAGAUUUAGAUUUCAUUGAUACUGAGGGAGACGACGCUGAUGCAGUUGCCGAAUUGUACGCUGAACAGAAUUUUGAAGACGAGCGCGAGGCCAUGGAAGAUCCAAACGACGGGAAGAAAAAGAAGAAAACCAAGGGAACUGGUUCAAGCACAUAUCGUGGAAGAUCAGAACGGGCUAUUCUUGAAGCUGAGGCCGACGAGGAUGAUCCGAUCUUACAGGCGGUAAAUAAAUUAAAAAAGAAGAAAAAGGUGCAAAAGAAAUACAGUGAAUUGGAGGAAGAGGCCAAGCCCUUUCUCGCAAACAUGGAGAAGGCUGCGGCAGAUGACGAGGAGUCUAUCUCACAAAAACGUCCUGCGCUGAAGAAACUAAUGAUGAUCGACGAAGUAUGCGAAACCUUGGCAAGACGUGACAUGCAAAGACCUCUUCUGGACCAGGAUUUGCUGGUCACCUGUAGACGUUGGAUUCAACCCCUUCCAAAUGGACAGUUGGGGAACAUCACAGUCCGCCAUCGGCUCAUCGAUGCUGUUGCUUUAAUGACAGGAGAAAAUGGGAUUACUGCCUCGGAUUUGAAACGUUCCGACUUUGGCAAAGUUGUGAUGUCGUUGUACAUGCACAAGAGCGAAACCAAAGCCAUGAAGAAGAAACACAGGUCAUUGAUUGAUCAGUGGAGUCGUCCCAUCUUCCACAAGUCAGGUAACAUGCGUGACCUUGAGCGUGUCCAGCACUCACGUGGUGAUGGAGGACUAUCUCAGAUUUCUAGGGCACACAUGAUGGAAGAACAAUCCCGAGAACGUGCUCUGAAGGCCCCCGUCAUGCGUGGGCACCGAGGAGGGAAAGACCAAGAUUUGAAUUCAUUGAUUCAGUCUGGAGCCAAAGGGAAGUCUGAAUCAGGAAUCAACCGAGUCCGUAUCCCGUACAGUAGAGGUUUCCAGUAUAGCGUGAGACCCGAAAACAGGACCAUGGGAGACAUAGACAAGCGCAGAGAUACAAGUGGACCUUCCCAAGACUCUCGAGGAAAGUUGAGCAAGCGUAUGCUUGAGAAGGGUCGAGCGAAGUCUAAGAACCAACGAAGUGCCAAUAUCAGCAUCGAAGGGAGAGGAACCAAAUAGUCGAGUAACAUAACAUUCACUACUGUUAAUUGUGAAAUACAAAUGAAAUCAAAUACGCUAUAUAUA